CGCAGGCGGAGGGGAAUUCAGCCUUCAGGCCUGGACAGGAAAUGUGUUCAGUGCUCCAUGCAAACACACAAGUGUCCCACAAACAGAAGCGGGAAGCUGAGCUUUAGUUCACAUCGUUAUCAGUUCUACACUGUUAUUCUGCAAAGAUGCAAAACAGCAAAUCUCACCAAAGGAGAGGUUCAACGUUUACCGAGAAAAGGCAACAUGGUGAGAGGUGAAAAUAGAAGACUUCUACACAACCUGGGAUACAGAAGUGGAGGGAUAUGGUCGACCUUGUGCCAGGACUUCUCAUUUGCUUGACAGCAGUGCAGGCCCUCCAGUAUGAUGGACACAGAAACAAAACCAGAACCAGGACUAAAAUCAAUUCAUCUGUUGUUGAACCAAAAACUUUUAAGGGUAGGACGGACCAGCUGAACCACACAUACCAGUUGUACUAUCCCAGCACAGACCCUGAGCUGGAUGUGAGCCCAGAGGACCCGGUAGCAGCUUUUACCAAUGGAGUGCUCAGCACCUGGGUCAUACCUUUAUCUUACAUCCUAGCAAUGCUGGUGGGCAUCCCCUCAAACGCUUACAUUUUGGCCUUCCUCAGACUCAGAGCUAAGUCCUUGUCCACAGUAGUUCUCUACCUCAACCUGGCCUUAUCUGACCUGCUGCUUCUGCUCUCCCUGACACUGCGGGUUCAUUACCAUUUCAACAGAAAUAACUGGAUAUUUGGGGAGAUCUCCUGUCGGCUUAUCACAGCGCUGUUUUAUGGCAAUAUUUACUGUUCAGCUCAAACUAUAGCAUGCAUCAGUAUGCGACGCUACCUUGCUGUGGUCAGACCAUUUCUGUACAGAAGGCUAGCCAAAACCCCUCUGGCAGUGUGGACGUGCUUUGUUGUAUGGUUCCUCUUCGUAGCAGCUAUCGUGCCUGAGCUCCUGGUCAGGCAGAGCUACCACAUCACCCAGCUCGGGGUCACCUCCUGCCAUGAUGUACUUCCUCUAGAAGAAAAAUCCCACUCCCCUCUGGUGCCGUACCGGCUGAUGCUGGUUUUUACGGGAUUCAUCGUGCCCUUCCUGAUCUGCAUCUUUGCCCAUGUAUCAGUGGUUUACCACCUGGGGCAAUCUCGUUGUGACUGGAAACCAUUCAUCAGGGUCAGCACCCUGGUUUUCAUCAUCUUUGUGGUGUGUUUCUUGCCAAGUGGCGUCCUGCAUAUCGCCCACUAUGUCCGCCUGUUUUUGUAUGGGGACGACAGACUGUAUGGAUACUACAGAGUAGCAGUGUGUCUCUGCUGUUUCCAUAGUUGUCUGGACCCUUUCCUGUGUGUUCUCAUUUCCAAGACGGCAGCCUCAGAUCUACAAUUCAUAUCACUCCACGGGGCACCUCAGAGGCCAACUGUUAGGGUGUGAGACUAAUUUUGUGCAACCAGAGAAAGUAUCUCCAUGCAGGACAAUUGCUAAGAACCAGCAGGAAAGAACACACCAACAAAUUAAAAAAAAAAAAAAAAAAAAAAAAACAGGAACAAGCUGGACACUGAAUUUACCAGGGUAAUAAGGCAAUCACUGUUAACUCCAAAACAAAACCAAACAUCUGUUCUCUUUGGCUUUAACAAUCAAGAAUGAAUGCAAUAAAAAUAUUAUUUGUUGGUACAUUUUCUCCUUUAGUUACACAUGACAAUACACAGAUGUGAAAGUUAUUAUGAUUUUAGAUUUGUAAUAACACAUGUAAUAUAGAGCCAUUUCAGGUAUGCAAAGCUGCUGUUGAAGUCACAAAAGAACCUCAAAUUCUGUUCUAAACUUGCACUUUUUCCACACAUGUAUAAAAAUGAACUAUAGCUGAAGU